UGCUUUCAUCACAAAUACUCAAUCAGUAUAGUGUUAUCGUCCAACAACAACAACAACCAUGGCCACCCUUUCGCUCAAAAAGGCAUGUGCCAUAUACGGUGUCACGGAAGAAGAGAUCUACUAUGCUGGGAUUACCAUUCAGUGGCGUCGCGCUUUUGGCAAUAGUCACGGGGUGGUGGUCGAAAAGGAGAUUCAAAAACUAAAAGUGCAGCUUCGAAAAGAAGAACAACAAGCCCAAAAGGACAAACUACUAGAGGAACUGGGAGAAGAAGGGUAUCAAGACUAUUUGAAACAGCAACAAGAGCAAAAGACACGAGACAAGCAAAGGAAACAGAUUCAGUCCAUUCUACAAAUCAUUCUCACCAUUAAUGCCCCGGAUUCGUCCCUCCAUCACCUACAGGAUGGUGUCAACGUUUCCAAAAGUGUCGCCAAGAAAAUCUGGAGAGCCACCGACAAUGAUUUGGAACAGUUGCAAGGCACCAAACAAGGACGAACCGUCGUGUACAGUCUCCAACAAGUCAUCGAAACUGGUCUGGCCAAUGGCAAAGACUACCGACACAAGAUCAUUUUGGAACGCCUCCAAAAGAAUCAAUACAGUGGGAAUAAUGAAGAUGCCAAAAACCAAUAUGCCGCCUAUUAUCGUCACCAGCUAAAUGCAUUCCCAGCACAACUGGUCCAAGAAGUGGCACAGCAGUUGCUGGCACCGACCCAACUGCAAGCCAAGCAGUUGGAAGUGGACUUGGCGGGAAAAAGAGGUAGUGUCCAGGCCCUGGAAGUGCUUUCUUCUUCGGGAACGGAGAAAGAUGAUACCGGUACUGAGACUGAGCAAGGAGCUUUCAAAAAGAGAAAGACCACAGAGAAGGCCCCCGAGAAGAACAAAGCUGAGUAGAGGUUUGCAGAGGUGACUUUUGGAUGUGUUUGUGUCUGUUGAUGACCUACGGGUACUUACCGUACUUCAGAACCUGGUGACCAUCAAAACUCUUUCUGAAAAUGAAUGAUCAAAAUGCUUAUAUUAAUAGUUAUCGUAUUGAUGGUAUAGCAAGUCCUUUGUAGCUGU